AAAAUCUAUUUUGUUUUCUAUAUGCAGAAGUAAUAAAAAGCGUUUUUAACUACCAACAAGACGCAUUAACUUUGAUUUGAAAUAACUCACAUAUAAAAAAGGAGAUGGAGAAAAAUUUAACUUUGCCAGAGGAGGUAGAUUGGUUUAUUCAAUGGAAUAGACUUGGUUUAGAAAGCCUGGACAAUGAGACAUUCGAAGAAACUGAAUCAAUGCGAUUGAGAAAUGAAUUGAGAAAAAUGAAAAAUGUCCAAGAAAAACAAAGGAAUGAAUUGGAAGCAACAAUGCGUGGCUUAGUCCUUCUUCAGGGAGAAUUUGUAAAGCAGUUAAAGGAACAUGAACAUACUAGACUUCAGAAAAAAGAACUUAUUGUAGAACGUGAUAACAUAUUAUUGCAACUUCAAGAAGUCGAAGCUAAGAAUACGUUCCUUUUAAGUGAAGUCAAUGAACAAUCAAAAACAAUGGUAAAGAUAAGUGAGGAUUUUAAUCUGAAACUAUUCGAAUACGAGGGAGUACAGGAAACCCUAUCAAGGAAUUUAAUUAGGCAGGAAGCAACCUACUUAGAAAAAAUUCGUCAAUUGGAAGAAACAGCAAACGAUUACAUCAAUCAAAACGAUGAACUUAUAGAAGAGCGUGACGGUAUUUUACAUCAACUACAAGAAACUGAAGUUAAAUGUGGCAAGCUUUCUGAUCAAAUGGACGAAUACUCCAAGUCAAUGCAAAAGAUCAUUGAGGAAUAUAAUACAAAUCUAUCACAAAAUGAAGCAACACGCCAAAAAUUAUUGACAGAUUUGCGCAAUCAGGAUAUCAGCUAUACAAAUCAAACGCAAGAAUUGCAGGUGAAAACUAACGAGUGCUUGAGACUUUACCAAGUUCUUCAACGAGAUAGGGAAAACAUGGUUUGUCCCAUUUGUUUCUGCUUAUGGGAGGAGGAGGGAGAUCAUCGACUGGUUUCACUACCUUGUGGCCACUUAUAUGGAGAUAUAUGCAUACGAAAUCAUUUGGCCAGAAGCGCGGAAUGUCCAAUGUGUCGAAGAGCUACAGAAAUCAGUCAAUUGAUUUACCUUUUUGGACCCAAUAUUGUUCCGAUCGAUGAUAAUUGAUAUAUAAUUAUUAUUAGUUUAAGUAAAGGACUGGGCCACUUGGCCAACUCAUCUACCGAGGACUCAAGAUUUAUUUCUUUAUGAUAAAAUCAACAAAUUCAUUCCUAUUUUUGACAAAUUUUUUUAGGUUUUAAGAUCUCCAUGUAUUUCUCAAUAUGGUGACACCAUUCAAAUAAAUAAUACUCAAAAGAACUACUCAAAUAC